UUUUCAAAGGCUGUUAGCGUCCUCUGUGUAGGUGGAAGCGACAGGAGUGUUGUGUACGUCACGAACACUCCCACCACCUUUCCGGCCGGAACUGCCGGAAACACCUUUCGGAAACUGCACGCAGCAGCCAGCUUCUUCUGGUGGUGUUUGGUCACGGUUUCGUGCGUAACAUGGUCACUUCCGGAUAACGCGGACUGCUGUGACUUGGUCUGCGGCUUGGUAUCUGCAGCGAAACAUCAAUCGGCGCGCGGCGGCGAGAUGAGCUUCCUUUUCGGGGGUCGCUCCUCCAAGACCUUCAAGCCAAAGAAGAACAUCCCGGAGGGCACCCACCAGUAUGACCUGAUGAAGCAAGCGGCCGCCACUCUGGGCUCUGGCAAUCUGCGGCUCGCCGUCAUGCUGCCCGAGGGCGAGGACCUCAACGAGUGGGUGGCUGUCAACACGGUGGACUUCUUCAAUCAGAUCAACAUGCUGUAUGGCACGGUGACCGAGUUCUGCACCGAAGGCAGCUGUGCAGUCAUGUCGGCGGGCCCCAAGUACGAGUACCACUGGGCCGAUGGACAGACGGUCAAGAAGCCCAUCAAGUGCUCAGCCCCCAAGUACAUUGACUACCUCAUGACAUGGGUGCAGGACCAACUUGAUGACGAAGCCUUGUUCCCUUCCAAGAUAGGUGUGCCCUUCCCCAAGAACUUCUUCUCAAUCGCAAAGACAAUCCUGAAGCGGCUUUUUCGAGUCUACGCACACAUCUACCACCAGCAUUUCUCGGAGGUGGUGCAGUUGGGCGAGGAGGCGCACCUUAACACCAGCUUCAAGCACUUCAUCUUCUUCGUCCAGGAGUUUGGGCUCAUCGAUCGGCGGGAGCUGGUGCCCCUGCAGGAGCUCAUUGAGAAGCUCACCAGCAAGGACAGGGACAGCAACCCGUCACGCUAGGGCACCGCUGUCUUCCUUCCUGAAACAACGCACGCCACCGCUACUUUUGCCCCCCUCCUUUCUGUUGUUCUGCAUCGGUAAAGACUUCCUUUAGGCUUAACGCCAGCCAACGUUCUGCCUUGUGUUGUCCUUGAACACUGCUGGAACAACCAAAUGUUUGCCUUGAAUGCUUGUCGUCAGGGGUAUGAAAAGGAAGCACCCUUGAUGGCACCUAGAUUCACUGCAUCACUUUUGCCGCUCAGAUGUUUUUCCACCGUCUGUUGAUUUCCAAGUAUUCUGCGUUACCAUGCAUGUUUCCGUGAGGCUAGAAGCACACUGUGCAAUUUUCAAAGAUGUCGUUUUGACACUUUGAUUCUAUCAGACAUGCUGCCAUCAGCUGCAGGUGGCCUUAGUUGAAGGAAGUGCUCCUGUCAUUUCAGUGAAUAUCCCCAUGCCACAGUCAGUUGCUAUGCUUCCAUCUACUGUGUGUUGGUCCAUACUUUUAGAGCUUCUGUGUCAACAACCCAUUUUGUCCUGCUCAUCUGUUGUGCCACUUUCUACCGUGGGACUGAAUCGUCUUUUUGUACUUGCUACUUGGCCAAAUUUGCAAGGCCACAGAAGCCUGUUGCACCCCAGUGAGACGUGGAAAUUUGACACUUUGAAUGAGUGCUCUAUACUGCAGCGUCAGUUUGGCGAUAUGCUACCAGAGUAGAAAGGCAAUCAUCAUAUGGAGUUAAUAGCAGCGUUGAUCAGUAAAUGAGCCAGCAAGUUGUAUAUAUUUAUAUUAAGCAAUUUUUGCAAAAUUAACAUUGACCUGAUCAGUCACAAUAAGUGAUGACAAGAUGACAGUGCAUCGAACACCUGAAGAACAUGCUGCACAUUUGUAAGUGUUAAUGGCAAAGCAUUUAUUUAUUUCCAUACCUUCAAAGCCAAUAUGGCAUUAAGGAAGGAAUUUAUUUAUUCCCAUACCUUCAAAGACCAAUAUGAUGUUAAAGAAGGGAGCAUACAUAAAAACUCACAGGGUCCCUUAUGCAUUCGCCUAAGGUGACUCGAAGGCAAAAGCCAUCUUCUUCUCAUUCAAUGUAUUGCUCCUCCCCCUCCGAAAGCUUUCUGCCCUUCACCUAGCUUUGCACUGGCUCCGUCAUCGGCCCACCUUUGACCGAGUGACAAUGUCACGUGGUGGUGUCAGCAGGUGACAUCAUAGUGCCGUCAUGAUGACUUCACAAAUUUUGCCGAUCUGUGAUGUCAUCGUGUGAUGAUGAUUUUUUGCAUCACUCGUGUUGACGCCGACGCCUACGGUCAAUUUUUGCGUUUGAUGAGGCAUCUAAGGCUUUCACCUUAAUAAAUAUGUGUAUAAGUUCACACGUGUUAACACCUUGUUGAUGCCUUAUAAACAAGGCACCUUUUAUUUACAGAGGAAGAACAGUGGUGUCCAUAAGCCAGAAUACACAGACAAUUUAAAAUCUCAAAGAAGUUGUUUCCAAAGUAGAGCUUUUCCUGCAUUGAGUAAUAUAUCUUUUUGAAAAACUGCUAUCAAGGCUUUGUAUGUCAACUCGGAAAAGUAAGUUUUGUAAAUGCAUUCAUCGGCAAGUGUCACUAAACUUUUCCAUCUGGCAGCCUGCGUAUGAUACUGAUGGUGUAGAGCACUCCUUCAGCGUGACGCUAAGCUUCCUAUAUGCCUGGUAUAAAAUCUGGAUGUGCACACUUGCUUCUUGGUCAGAGUUUUCCCCAACAUGCCAAUGACACUUAUAAAAAAUAUCUUAAAUGCCUAUUUUUUUGUGAUUUGCUGUAGAUGACCAUUCAGAUAGCAAAAUACAAGGCUCAUAGUUAUCAAGGAACAUAGCACAUGAUCGUCACCUAUGAUGUGUGGUUGACUUAGUGUUGGUCUUGCAUCACUUUGCACAAAUGAUUUGAUUCACCACAACAUUUCUAAUGGAAAUGGACAUUUGUGCAUUCUGUAUGCGCCUCAUUUUGAACCCGUGACUAUUUUGUACUUUUCUAUUGGCUUUUACCUAUCGUAGUUGUGAGCAUUGCAUUUUGUACACCUUCUGCUCCAUGCUCAUGUCUAUGGUGGUCUCAUUGAGAAUCUGCUCAUGGACUCUCCUGCAAAUCGUUGCCAUUGUGUUUCACCAUGCAGGAAUGUCUGCUCAACAGAGAAGCUGAAAGAACCUUGUGUUCAGUGAGUUGUCUUUUAUGCUGACCCACGUUGUGAAAGGCAGUAUUAAAAAUUUGCCGUUUUUAUUACUCCACACAGCAAACUAAAGAGACUUGUGCAUUUGUCCUGUCCUAGGAAUGCGUGGGUCAUCAACUGCGGCACACAAAUGCUCAACUGCUUGAGGGAGACCUUUGUUGUCUGGAAAUUGGGCAAAACCUCAUCAUGAUGCAUGCUCUUUUUGCCUUGACUCCAGUUCUUGAACUUAUUGUGCUUUAGGGGUCCCUAGACUUUACUGCGCCAAUGUGCUCUGGAAGCCUCGUACUUGAUAUUGGUUUGUGCACAAUAACACAGCUGCUGCUGUGUGGCAAUACAGUAAAACCUUGUUAGUACAUACUCACUUUAAAUGCACUAACACAGUUGCGAUGAAUCACCAACUGUGCCUAAUUUAUUUGCUGACCACGUAUGCUGUAGUAGUUCUUCCUGUGCCUACCACAUUGUGCAUACUAUGAUUGCUUUUUGUCGCUUGUAUGUUAACUGUGCCCCUUAAAUCGUGGUGUGGCCAGCGCCAGAAUGUCCUGCAAAUAAGUCUUCCGCACUUGCGGUAAGGGCAGAGACCAGUCCACCGAAGAUUCAUACUUUGCAGACAAGGAACGAAAAAGCAUGAAGGCUUGAUGGCAGCCACCGAAAAAUGCAUCAGUAUGACUUAAUGCCAACAACCCUAUCACAAUAAGCAUUUACAGCUACCUGCUCAACCGCGCAUGUGGUGUAGCGCUGAGUAAGUGAACUGCACACUCUCAUUAGGUGACAAGCCGCACGUGCUGCGCUGACUGCCCUGCCAUUCGCUAUCACCUUCUUCCACAGGGUCGCUAGUGUGCCGCGGAGGUGUGCAGUGCGCUUUGCUCACAGAAGUGAAAGCAGCUCGCCAUUGCUGCGUUAAACCAACAAAAUACUCGCCAAAUAAUCCGUGCAUGGUCAUGAGAAGAGUGGGUAUGAACGCACCCAUGGCAAGUGCGCACAUAUGGUACCGCAAGCUCCCCGGCUUUGACAGUGUGAGCUUAGAAGGUGACGUACUGCACGCAACUAGCUAGGGACUAUUGGCUCCGCACAACAGCAGAUACGGCGGGUAAUAAGCAUCGCCAGUUUUCGCUCAGUAGCAGAUCGCAGUACAUCUUAUUCAUAUGUACUGGGCAAUAUCGAACGAGUUGUCUGGCUGCUUUGGUGCCAUAUCUGCCACGGUGAGUGUUCCCUGUUACAAUUUCAAAAUGUUUCUUGGCUUCGCAACCAUGCACUGUAGCUGAGUCAGGUGGAGAGGGCCAGAAUUUCUGCACUUUGGUAAAAUAGUAAGAGGAGGCCUUGUCAUGGGUACUUUAGACAAAAUUUACUGUGGCAUUGGAUCUGUUUCUUCAUUGGUACCAAUCGCGUACGUCAAGAGAUGCAAAGGUGUGCGUGGCAGUUACUGCAUAGUACUGUUUACUGCAUACUUACACAACAUUCCCAGAAGGCAUGUAUUAAUAAGGUUUUACUGUAAUGUGCUGACUGUAGUGGUAGCAGAUUGCUUGCCUGCAGUGCAACUGAGACAAAGCCAAAACACUGCCAGCGUCUGUGCCUGUAUGCCACAAGUCACUGGCUUGUCGCCCCUUCAGGUUACGCUGGUAACAAAGUUUAUGGGAGCAGCACUUGGCAAACUGCUCCUGAUGUUUCUCUUGUCCAAUCGCCCUGGCAGGCCUGCCACCACCUCCAACACUCCUGCUCACCUACGUGGGUCAUUACACUGGGUGUAAAUGUGCCUCUAACUCCAUAUAUAUUGCGGUCAUCUUGAAAACCUCUAGUUAGGACUGAAUGUUGACAUUUAUGGUCCUGCAAGCUCUGUCAUAAGCAUUCAUUGGGUAGAAUCAGUUUAAUUUGAUGGCACUUUUAUGUUGUCUUUCCUGGGUGAAAAUAUCACCUGCUCCAGAAGACUGGAAAUGUGUGAUUGGGUGUGCGCCUGUCUGAAAGUAGCUGUAACCAAAUGUAAAGCAGCAGUGACACAGCGUCUCAUGUGAAUGAAGGUGGUAUUGGAUAGUGCAAAAAGAUGCGGGGCACAUACACUAGUGUGCUGUUUCCGUGUUUUUGGCUUGUCGUCUAUUCUGUGCUCUUCAUCACUUGUCUCAGACAAGGUUAGACUCCAACCAGCUAAUUUUUUUGCAUUUUAUCAUACUUUGGUGUAUCCUAAAUGCUAUCUUAGUGUUAGCUCUGUUGUUCUUUGUUCUGGCUCAAUCCCUAAACUUUGGCCUGCCUGACUGCUUCCUCUAGUGUUUGUAAUGAGUGUUGUAUGCCUUGAAAUAACUGAACGCUUAGGUUUGAAAUUAAAUUAGACAAAUCUUACAUCUAGCACUGGUAGGUUUUUUUCUCGUUUGUUGUUGCCUGAAGCGUCGGUGUAUCCAUUUUUCGAGCUCUUUACGUGCUGGAUGUGCAUCUUGGUCCUUCUCACCUCGCAGCCAUGUGGGGAGAUGAUCCAGAUGCAUGCUGGGGCAAUUUCAGUGAACUGCUGGCUUUCAUGUUCGCUUUUUCAUCUGGCGAAUAGUUGCUGUAAGCCUGUACAGCUAAUCCCAUUAUGCAAUUCAUGUGUUACAAUAUAAUCCUAUGCAUGGCAAUUAAGUGCCGCUACACUGCUGUAGCUUCAUUGCACAGUUCUUGUACAUAUGCGCAUGAGCGCAUGUGUAGAUGACAAAAAAAAAUAUGUUCAGGGAAUUUGCUUCAUAACUCGCUCCCCUUGAAGUCUUUGGUAUGUGAAAAGUUGCUAAAACGGUCUGAUUACUUGAUAUAGCUUAGCCCAUUGCUUUACAGAAUAGUUUUAAAGGUGUGAUGCUUAAAGUACUUCUAUAGAUUUGAGAAAUAUGGCUUAUCUUGCUUUAAGGGUUCUCCAAAGUAUGUUUUAUUUACAGAAAUGUUCUUUUUUUUUUCACGUUUUUUUAUAAACUUUAAACACAAUUCCCUUCCCCCUCUAUCACCAGGUAAACUUCAUUCACUAGCUGUUUAACAUAUGGCAGGUCGAACCACCUGCGGGCUGAUGUCUUUUGAAGGGUCCAACUGCAGCAACAGCUUUUGACUUGAUGGACCGAUCCACUGCGGUGAUGUUGUCGCAUGACUGCAACUUCUACAGCCCACACACAUCUCUCUUCUUGGCACAGUGCUCCGUACGGAACAUUUUUCUACCAUAAUGGAUAGACAUUACCACAAUGCACGUGCACCCAGGCCUUGGCAGCUGCGAAUGGUCUCGUGUGGGCUGUCAUGGUUAUAAAUCUGUUUCUGUGCUCGAACACCCUAUUCUGAGCUCAGAGGCUUGGUUUCAUUAUGGUAUGAACGUAACUCCCCAUAUUUUUAUUUAUUUUUAUUUUUUUCGUGUGUCAAGUAGUUUUGAGGUGGUAAUCCUGGUCACUUCCCUUUCCCAGUGUGUUUAGUUAUGCUGAGAGGCAGUUUCAUGUAGCAACGCAUGCAUAGCAGCACUAGCAUUGGUACAGAGUAGCAUGUUGUCCUAUUUACAAACUCGUGUCUGGGGAGCGUAGCCUAAUGGCUGUGCGUGACCGGCGCAAAUUCAUAGGGCCUGAUGAAACUCGGGCAGGUGCCUCACACCGUAACAAAUGCCGAGAAAGUGAAAGUGCAUCGUGUCACUGCAGGCAUAUGGAUGAGGGUGUAUUGAAAGCACUGCAUGACCUUACACAUUAUCAAUACCUUGUUGCAUGAGUGUUGCACUGAGUGAAAGUUUGGAGCAUGAACUAGGUAUGAAUAGUUAGUCAAAGAGGUGUGAUUGGCUGAGGAACUACAUGAUGCAGGGGAUAGAUAUGGAGGUGGUGCAGUGGUCAUUCAAUGUGGAAUCAAAAAGGAAAUUGCUCGAUGUAGUGCCACUUGUCACUGCCUUGAGCCAGUGACAUUCCGUAUUUCCAAGCUGUAAGUGCCCCUCAUGUGUGGUCUUGACUGAACCAUGUUUGUGCAAAUGCAGAAAAAGUGACUAAUAUUUUUUUAUAUUUAGUAAUAAUAUGAGUGGCAUUUCUUUGGGAGCAUCUGAUUGUUGGGUGCAUGCAGCAUUCUUAAGGUCAAUCUCCAGUCACAAGAUUUCUUGACUGUCUGUUUUCUUUGACAUGUAGAGCUUUUAAACGGCGCUAAGGUUUGCACACGUUGUGCGCUUUUCAUGGAAGUAAUCUGAACUGCCACCAUAGAAAGAAAAAAAAUGCAUAAAAUGAAGCGGUCCUGUCGUGUGGUUACCACCUUACUCAGAAAUUAAGUCAGCUAUGCAAUGAUGUUGAAACUCCGGUGUGUAUUUUGUGAGGUUUAUUUAUGCAGUAAUAGUGCAUCGUCCCCCACCCCUUUUCACACACACACACAUACAUGCUUUUAUACAUCUGCCUACAUUUGCAAUAGGAUCAGCCGGCCGUGAGCGAUUGAUAAGACUAGCACAGGAUGGAGCUGAAGGUAUCGCUCCGAAAUAGUGGCUCUGUAUUUGAAUUAUUCUUUGUACAAGCAGGAAAGGAAAAUUUGUUGCGUACUGCAUUUUAUCAACAUCAGUGCAUCCAAAAAGUGAUCACUGAUUGAAAUUCAGCCAGUGCCAGGAGUGUGGAAAGCAGUGUGCAAGAGAUCCAAGCGUAACGCUAUGCAUGGUGCACAUCUGUUCACAAAGCUUCAUGCAACGUUCGGCUACCACAGUCACUGCAUUUUCUUGCGAGCUGUGUGGAUGCCCUCAAGUUGGAAUGUAGGCAACAGAAGUGUGAAGAGGCACAUCUCAAAAUCCUUGCUGUUCACAUGGGCCAUGAAGAAAUCCAAGUUUUUGACAGCUUCCAUGUUCUAAAAGCUGCUACAACUAUACUAGCAGCAGUACAAGCAUGUGUAUAAAGCUGUGCAUCUCUUCGGUGCUUUUUAUUUUCCAGGCUGUAUAUGCUUGAAGUUGUGCUUGUGCCCUUAGCAACAGGGUAGAUACUCCAUUUCUUCUAAUGCAUGUUUCGUUCUUUGCAUUUCCAGCCUCUGACUUCUGCUUUUUGUUUGCUUAAAAGCUGUUAUUUCUUGUUUACCUUUUUGUUUUUAUUUAUAGGGAAGCAGUUGUGGUAAUAAGUGUGGGUGGCCAUUGUGUGGUUCUGGCUCUCCGUUAUAAGGAAAUUGUGCUGUUUUUGACUGUUAACUAUUCAAGUGACUGUUGCACCUACGUUUCUUUAUGGGAAGGCUGUAGAGGUAACUGUCAGUUGUGUGCAAGGAUCUUUGUUAUGGCUGUCAGUGAGCGGUCCAGGAACUCAUGUAGUGUUUCUUGCCAUUCCUUUGCUCUCGCUAUCUGCCAUUGUGGCUGUGAUUUGGUUAGCUGAAUCCCAAUUUUCAUUAUUUGUGAUAACCGUGGUCCCAUUUCCACGCAGUACGCAAUGCUUUUUGUUUUAUAGGCCUUAUGAUAGCUUUAAGCAUGGGUUCCUCUGUUCCUCAGUGAAUAGCCGGUGGCUGCCUGUACCAUGCAUUAAACUAAUAGAAGACUGUUUGUCUUGCCAUGUUCCAAGGUAUAUGUACUGUGCUACAUUUUUAAUUAUGAAGUGUUGUGCUUGUAAACUCCUAUGAGCAAUUUUUUUUUUCCCAAUGGACUUAGUCGUUCUACACCAUGGUAAUGUCAUGUCUUUUUCAUUGUUCUUUCUUGUGGGUACUUGCAGGCCAUCAGUGUUGUGCGGUCAUUUUGUUUUGAUUCGUGUGUUAUCGUUGCAAGGUCUGUAUGCUGUGUUGUUUUUGUUUGAUGUGAACCUUGUUUUAGAAAGUUGUUCCUGGCGUUUUUACCUUUACCACUAAUGCAAUUCAGGUUGGGCAUGACUGGCUGAUGACUGGGACACUGGGGAGUCUCUGCCCUUUAUGUGCGUAGACUGCUUGCUGUCAGAGUUAUGCACAAAAUGUUUGUUGUUUUUCCUGGCAUUGUACUCUGAGCUCCUCGUAUGUAUGCGAGUGUAAUGACCUACCUUCUCUGCCGUCGCAGUCGGUGGAGCAUGUGUAGCUGCAGUUUUGGAGCUGUUUCAGUCUUGGCAUGGCUGUUCUGCAGUUGUGCUCCUUACUGCAGUUGGCUUUUGCAAUUAAUGCAUGCCUUGGGUUUAAAUUGCAGCAAUUGUAUAUGUGCACCAUUUAUACUUAUUGUUUGCUUUCAUGUUCUCAGGUCCACCCCGCCCACACCAUCUACACAUGCGCACACAUUAAGGCUUUACCUGGAAUGUGGAAGAACAGUAAUUGCAGUUAGACCUUUAUUUGAUCGUACAGGUGGGAUAUACGUAAAAAGAAGCAUCUCUUCUUGCAAGUAGCACUCAUCAAGCUGGCUUCAACUUACAAUGUUAGAAAGCUUAUGUGCACCCAACUGAAAUUUGCAUGUGGACUGCACCAGCUUUAUGAAUUUUCUCGUUAUAGUUUGCUUCUUCAUUUUCAUUGAAGCUUAAAAAUCCUUGUGUUCUUGUCGUGUGAAAGGCGGGACAUUAUGUGAAGAAAAAAAAUAUGAAAGGAAAAGCUGUUUCCAGUUGUGACAUUUCUUUGUUCAUAGUUUUCACUUUUUACGUCACAAGAAAGCAUGAACCAACCAGCCCAGCAGCAAGCAUAGUAAUAAGUGUGUUGUGUGAGCCCUUCAACACAAGACCCCUCCUUGAAUCUUGGCUAAAGGGCAGUGAACUAUGUUAAAGUGCAGAUGCGGUGUACAGUAAAGUGCUGAACUGUGGCGGCAAUUCUCUGUAGACAUAUGGCUGUGUCAGCUCCCAUGCCUCACAUUUUUUAGGUUUUUUUCUCCACAUACUGCACGAAGUGACCUUACAUGACAUGUCUGCUGUCAGAAAUGUUCAGCCCCGUGAACUGAUAUUUCUUCCAUGAUCUGCCAGUAAACUUCGAACUCUGUACGAACAGUGUAGUUUCCUCUUUUUUGCUAAUGUCUUCAGCACAAAGGCAAAGAUUUUUUUACAGAACUCAAUUUUGUACAAGGCAAUGAUGCAGCUGCCUUUGAGGGCAGUGUUCAGCUGUGCACAUUGACAGUGCAUGCUUUCCUUUUGUACGCUGCACAAUAUGGAAUGUGACAUUCACAUGUGUUUGACGAGCACCUAGGAUGUAAAUAAAUUAUUUGAUAUAUGA